AAGAGAGGCGCAUGUGCAGUGAGACGGCGGACGGUACCGAGGCCUCUUUCCAAAGCCAUGUCUCAGCACAGGCAUAGUAGCAGCAGCAGCAGCAGAGGAUCUGGCUCUUCAAAGGUACGGCAUAUGGACGUUGAUGAAGAAUUCACUUUCAGUCCGUCUCAAACGCUAAGUCAGGCGCAACGUAAUUUGGAGCAACACUCCCCCGCUGAAGUGGAACAAAAAGUAAAUGAACUAGUGCAAUUCCUUCUGAUCAAGGAUCAGAAGAAAAUCCCUAUUAAACGGACAGAUAUUCUGAAAUAUGUCAUCAAAGACUACAAAGAUCUCUUUCCUGAGAUCCUCAGACGAGCCAACCAGACUCUUCAACAGGUAUUUGGGCUGGGAGUGGUGGAAAUUGACCCAAAGUACCAUUCCUACAUCCUGAUCAGUAAAUUUCCUCCUUUGGAAGGGGAUAUUGUGAAUGACGAUGAGAACGCUCCCAAGAUGGGCCUCCUUAUAGUAAUACUUAGUGUUAUCUUCAUGAAAGGCAACGUGGUCAAAGAAUCUGCUGUUUGGGAAAUGCUGAGGAGAUUACAUAUUGACUGUUCUGGGGGAAAACACAAAGUCUUUGGUGAUAUCAAAAAGCUGGUGACAGAGGAAUUUGUGAAGCAAAAAUAUCUGGAAUAUACACGUCUCCCACACACAGAUCCGCCUGAGUUUGAAUUCAGGUGGGGAUCGCGAGCUUUUAAAGAGACCUCCAAGAAGCAGAUCCUACAGUUUGUUGCUAAGAUACAAAAGCAGAAUCCCAAAUCUUGGAUGAGCCAGUACAAUGAAGCGGAAGCAGAAGCUGGUGCAGUGGGAAAGUUAUAAAUAUUAUGGUGUCGUUCAAUUAUAAAGAAUUGUCAAAAACUC